UACGGGGAGUGUCUUGUAGGCUAAUAAUCUCCCUAGGGCAUGCUGCAGCAUGGGUGUGGUGUACUGGGCAGGGUUGGGCAAGGUGUAGCCUAGCUGAGCGUAUUUUCUCCGCUGCUGUCAGAAAGUAAAGUCUAAACGGCCUGCGAACAGCUUUGCUAUUGACAGUCUCGGGAUUUCAACCGCUGCCUUGAAGACGCUGAUAUACAAACACAACGAAAACAGGGGAAUCUAAAUUUUCAAGAUGACGACUGAUCCGUUGCGGUCGGCUCUGUCCAUCAAGCAUGUGGAUGAAACGUCUCUCGCCGUCCCGUCGGAUACCAAGCUGAAGUCCGGACAGCAGCGCGUCUUGGAUCAAGUUCACUCCAUCAAGAGGGGUAAAUCUAAGUACGUCAAAACUGGAUCCUCAUCACCUUCACCUACAAGUCCCACAACCCCUCAGUUCAAUGAAUUUCGGUGGCUGAAAUACUCUGCAUCCACAAGCGAUGGAUCUGCCUUCUUAAAGGGAAAUGCAAAUGGAGGGACUAACUUCAAGAAGACGGUCAACUCGCAGCAGGCCUUACAUCCUAACGUUGACUACCUGAAGGGCACCGGCAGCACCCGGAGGACCGUCAGCACCUCCGGCCAGUGGGAGAAGCGCUUCCUGUCCAUCGGUCACGCCAACUCCAGGCCCGUCACCCGUCCGUCGAUAUACGGCAACGGCCUGAAGACUUACCGCAGCGACCCGGAGCUGGCCCCCAGCGGCACGCUGACCAGGCGGAGCAUGUCCAACUCGCGGUCGCUGGCCACCCAGCCCAGCCUCUACUCCAUGAGCAACGCCAACGGCUCAGGAGUCAACAGCGGCUCCGCCCAGUACAUGUGCCAGUACUCCGCGCCGGCCCGGGGCUCCAGCUAUAGCCAGCUUCGGAACAGCGUUGUCUACCAGGACAACAGCCAGUUUCAGUUCGCUGCGGCGCCCUCCCACGUCUCCAACACCGAGUCCAAGAUGUCAAUGCCCAAGGUCAUUGGUGUGGAAGGAAACGCGGCGGACAUCACCAUGAAGGAGGCCGUGGAGUAUCUGAUGAGCCUGGACGAGAACUACCAGCACUGCGGAGCCUCCUUCAUCCAGCACAGCACCUUCACGGAGGACAAAGCCAAGCAGGAGGUGCUCCAGCUGAAGGGGAUCCAGCCGCUGGUGGGCCUCCUGCGCAGCUCCAGCACGCAGGUGCAGCUGACGGCGUCGGCCGCGCUGCGCAACCUGGUGUUCAAGAACGACCAGAACAAGGAGGAGGUGCAGCGGUGCGGCGGGAUUCCGGAGGCCUCCGCCCUCCUCAGGGACACCAGCGUCUCCGAGACGCAGAAGCAGCUGACAGGCCUCCUGUGGAACCUGUCCUCGGCUGAGAACCUGAAGCCGGAGUUGAUUAAGACUGCCCUGCCCGUGCUGACCGAAAGUGUCCUGGUGCCGUUCACUGGCUCUGGAGAGCAGAGCGCUAACAUUAACAUGGACCCGGAUGUCUUCUACAACGCUACCGGCUGUCUACGUAACCUGUGCUGUGGAAAGAAGGGGAACCGGAAGGCGAUUCGGAACUCCCGCGGGCUGAUCGACUCGCUGGUCGGUUACGUCCAGGACUGCGUGGCUGCCGAUCGUCCUGACGACAAGUCGGUGGAGAACUGCGUGUGUGUCCUGCACAACCUCACCUACCAGCUGGAGACCGAGGUGCCCAGCCACUUCAGCAAGAUUACUGCCCUGGCGGGUGCGCCCAGCAGAGGCUCCGCCCAGCAGACCCCCACCUCUCCCAUUGGUUGCUUCAGUCAGCAGAGCAGCAAGGUUCCGCAGGAGACCACCUUUGACUACCCGACGAUCGAGGACAGCAACCCGAAAGGGGUGGGCUGGCUCUUCCACUCCAAGGCCAUGCAGGCCUACCUGUCUCUCCUGAGUGACAGCCAGAGUGAGGCCACCAAGGAGGCCUGCGUGGGGACGCUGCAGAACCUCACAGCCAAUAAGGGCAUAGUGUCCAGCGUGAUGAGCCAGGCCAUUGUGCAGAAGCUGAACGGCCUGCAGCACAUCGCCCCGCUCCUCCAGUCCUCCAAUCCCGGCAUCCAGAGGACGGCCGUGGCGCUGGUGGGGAACCUGUCCAGGAACCCGCGGCUCCAGAGACUCAUGGCCCGGCAGACCCUCCCACAGCUGGUCAGCAUCCUCAGCUCGGCGACUCAGAACGGGACGGAUUCCGACGAAACCAUGGCGACGGCCUGCCAGGCCGUGGGCAGCCUCCUGGUGGCGGAUCCUGAGACGGGGAAAAGACAGCUGAACAACACCUUCAUCAACUCGCUUAACGACCUCAGCAGAAACAGCUACUUCCCGAAAUCGAGCAAAGCUUCGGCUCUCCUUCUGUAUGGUCUCUGGGCGGAGAAGAACUUUCAGGCGUUCCUUAAAAAGCAAGGAAUGAACAAGAGUUCCUUUGUGAAUGACAUCACUACAUCUGCCCACAAGUCAGUGCAAGUGUUAUAAUUAAAGAAAAAAAAUGUCUGAAAGAACACCUAAAGAUGGGAGCUUGCAUGUUGAGAGAGGGGAACAGGGUACGAGGAACGGCCGUCUCGUUGAUCUGUAGCUUUGCUACGUGAAAUAUGAAUGUAUUUUCUGUGGUACGGCACUUCCUUCAUCGACAAUCUGUUUUUUUAAUUAUUUUUUUAAUGUCCCUCGUUGAUUUUGUAUGUAAUGAAUUGAUAGAUUUUUUCAAAAUUUAUGAAUGAGCUGAAGUUAAGGUUGUUAGGGAUGAGGGAGGCCUGGAGAGUGGGUGAACUGAGAGUGGGUGGGCGUCUCCUGGGUAGUUUUACAGGCGACAAAAUGAAGAACUGAGUGAGUGAUGUGAUUCUUCAACAACAAGAGAUCGUGGCUUCCAUGUCCUGGAGUGUAAAUUGCUGAAUGAUAACGGAAUGAUAAGACGUCUUUCUUUAGUAUGUUUUGAUUUUUUUCGUGCCACCUCAGUUCACUCUCCUCCGUUAACACAGCCAAUAGAAGCUCUCUCCAUGAAACUGCAAGUGUCUGUUCCCACAUCGGUGGAAAUUUGGACCUGGAAAUAUUCCCCCUUUUUUCUUGUUCCAGUUUGGAAAGCCAGAUUUUGUCUUUAAUUUAUGGGCCUGUCUCAUUGUUGCAACAUCCUUUCAGUGAUUCCCGAGAGCAUAAACAUGCACAAGCUUGCUCUCUUAUGAACCUCCAGCUGCUUGCCACGUUGAUGUGUAAAAAAAAAAAAAAAAAAAGGUCAUGCUUUCAUUUAAUUUCACGUAAUAAUAUUCUGUUGAUGUUGGGAUUAAUGUCUGCUGCUCUGGUUGGGCUGUUGCACUAAUUUUAUUUUAUUUUUUUAUGAUGUGAUGGGACAGUAUGAAAAGGACAGACUGGCUGAGUGGCUUUCUUACCAUAUAUGCAAAACAACUCUGUUUUUCAUUGUGAUUUCACUGUUAUUUGGCGAGGGGGAUUUGAACACAAAGUCAUUGGAUCUGACUUUGUGUUCAAAUAUGUUGUGGCUUAAAAACAUGAGGCAGAACAGUACUUCGGACAUCUUUCUAUGGAUUACAUUUUACAGAGACAGUUUAGAACUCAAGUUUAGAGACAGUUUAGAGAUCAAGUACAAUAUUGGUUUUCAUUUUGACAUCAUAUUACAGGGAUUUGGGACAUUGUUCAUCAAACAUUGUUUUUGUUUUUAAUUUUUCCAGUGCAUUUUCUCUCUUUUUAAUUUUACAAUUUAUAUCACAUUUUUCUAUUUGAAAUUGCAAGAUAAUUCCUGUUCAAUGGAAUAUACUCAGCAUAAUGUUUUUUUUUGCCCAUGCACAGAAUAUAUUGCUUGUUUGUUCAGUUGUUGGGCUGAAUUUGUCAAAAAUACUGUAUCGUAGGAGUUCCACCAAUGGCAAAUGAUUCAAUGUAGAUUGCAGAUUGAAGACUUGGAAAAGCCCAUCAUCUUUUGUAUUAAACAUGAAUUAUCAGUGCUUUAUGACUUUGAUCAUGAAUGCAUUAUUAAUUAAGUAUUCUUUUGCUCAAGAAUUCAUUAUGUGUUUUUCUUUUUUCUUUCUUUCCUUAUGGGUUUGGUAAGCAGAACUGGCAAAGCCAAUACAAACGGAUUCUUGGUCCUCCUUAGCCAACUUGUACACUCUUGCUUUAUAAAUGCAUUUUCGUAUGUAAGCACCUUAUGACUUUUUUAUUGAUUAAAUAAAAGACAAUUAAAUUAAA